AUGGAUAUAAUAGGAAAAAUCUACCCUCCUUCGUCUAGAAAACAUAGUUUCAUUCUGGUUACUACCGACUAUUUUACCAAGUGGGUUGAAGCGGCCUCAUAUAAGAAUAUAACACAAAAGACAGUGAAGGAGUUCAUCGAGGAGCGUAUUAUCCAUCGAUUUGGCAUUCUAGAAUCUAUAACUACGGACCAAGGCGCGGUUUUUACUGGGCAAGAGGUGAUUAGUUUCGCUAAGGUUAGAGGCAUUAAAAUGAUUCAUUCAACUCCUUAUUAUGCCCAAGCCAAUGGCCAAGCUGAAGCUUUCAACAAAGCCAUCAUUGCACUAAUUAAACGACACCUGGAGGAUAAUCCCAGAGAGUGGGAUGUGUUAUUGUCAACUGUAUUAUGGGCUUAUAGAAUGUCCAAAAAGAUUGCCACCGGAACUAGCCCAUAUAUGCUCACUUAUGGACAAGAGGCAGUUCUCCCUGUUGAAGUCACGGUUCAAUCCCUACGAGUCAGACUUCAAAAUAACUUGGCCAAGGAGGAAUAUGACGAGUUAAUGUUCGCCAACGUCGAUGAAUUAGGAGAGAACAGAGCGAUUGCCCUGGAAAAGCUAAUCCUCCCAAAAGAUAGAGUUGCCAAAGCAUAUAAUAAACAUGUAAAACAUAAACAGUUCGAAAUUAGCGACCUAGUCUGGAAAACCAUUUUGCCAACGAGUUUGGACAGUGAAAAGUUUGGUAAAUGGUCACCAACCUGGGAAGGACCAUUCAUGGUAGCCGAAGCAUUUGCCGGAAAUGCUUAUCGAUUAAUGGAUAUCGACGGAAGGGAAUUUCCCCGUACUAUCAACGGCAAAUAUUUGAAGAAGUAUUAUCCUACUAUGUGGGAGAUGCGAGACAUAGAGGAAGAAGAAACUGAAAAUUCUGAGUAA